UGAAUUUGUGUGAGAUGUAUAGAGAGGGAGAGAGAGAGAGAGAGAGAAACGCUCACUCCACUUAGUCUUUCUCUCGUUGUCCUCCUUUAAUUUGUUCUUCUUUGGCUUGUUCAUCGCCAUCAUUAGCAACAAAGGUGUUUAACCUCUUCAUAUUUGAUUUUUUCUUCAACUUUCAUUGCUACCACAAGAAAAGCUAGUGUGUGAGAGAAAAGCUAGCUGCCUCUACUACUAAUAUUUACUACUCACUUACCCUUUCUACUUUUCUUGUUUAAACACAAACAGAUCUUGUUCUUAUACAAUUCCCUCACUCAAAUUCACCUUCUUUCUGAUCUGGGUGUACUUUUCUUUUUCAUUGGGAACUCUGUUUUGUUAGCAUUGUGUCAAAUUCUCUGAUCUCUGUGCUUUCAAGUCUUUCUUUGAAUUUUUUAUUCUACAUAACGUCAAUGGAAGAAGAUCGAGAAUUUAAGCAUGUAUGCAAGUUUUGCAGCAAAAGCUUCCCUUGUGGUAGAUCCUUAGGUGGUCACAUGAGGUCUCAUAUGAUCAACAACAAUUCAGCUGAAACAACAGAUUUUGAUAAGUUCAGUAAGAAGAAGAAGAAGAAGAAGAUGCUCUCAUCGUCUGUUAAUAACCAUAUUGGCUCCUACUGGAAUUCUGAAACCCCUGGUUAUGGUCUCAGAGAGAACCCCAAGAAGUCUAGGAGACUUGCAGAUUCAAGAGAAGAAACUUCAAUCUAUGACAAGUUCUGCAAAGAGAGUAGUGAAAAAGGGUUUCUUUCUUGGAAAGCAUCUGUUGGUAACAUGAACUCUACUCAAUCAGAGAAAGACACUAGCUUUGAGGAUCAAGACUCUUGGACUAGUGGUAAUGAGAAGCUGGUGAUGGAUAGCCAAUCUGACAAUGAAACUGCAGCUCCAAAUCGAAGAAGGCGGUCGAAACGAAGAACAAGGUACAUGGCCACUGCAAAUUCUUGUGCUUUGUCAGUUGCUAAUAAUAAUACUCAUAAUCAUAAUAGUGGCUCCUCUUCUGUGUCGGAGAUUGAGCAAGAACAAGAAGAGGUUGCUAUGUGUUUGAUGAUGCUUUCGAGGGAUGUAGGUCCUAGAGGUGGGUUGAAUUCUGUCGCUGAAUCUUCUGAUAAUAAUUCUGUGUAUUUUGAAGCUAAAAUUGAGGUUAAGAAUUCAGUUUGUAGUGGUGAUGAGGUUGUGAAGUUGAAAAGGCUGAAAGAGAAGAAGUUGAAAUCUGGUUUUGUGGAUUCUGAUAAUAUCCAAUUUGAAGGGAGACACUCUGAGUAUUCUGCUUGUGGGAUUUCAAGAAGGGGAUCCAAAACUGACGCUUCUACUGAUGGAUUUGUCAAGAAAGAUGGAACAAAGAAGUCUCAGUUGCAUUAUCAAUUUGGAGAUGAGAAUUCUGAAGUUGAAUUGGGGAGAAAUUCAGUGAAGGAAACUAGAUCAGAUCAAGCUCAUUUGGGUUCCAAUAAUAAGUUCAAUUCAAGCAAGAAAAAGCUUCACGAUUCAUUUGAUCCGGAAUUGGGGUCAGGUUCCAUGAAAAAAUCAACAACUGAUGUUUUGGAUACUGAAUUCCACAAGGAUUCUCAAAAGAGAAGCAAAUUUGAGUGUACUACUUGCAACAAGAUCUUCCAUUCAUACCAAGCUCUUGGUGGUCAUAGAGCUAGCCAUAAAAAGAUCAAAGGUUGUUUCGCUUCGAAAAUCGAUAGCAGUGAGACUAGUAUUGAAAAAGAACUCUCCCCUGACCCAACACCAGAUAGUAAGAUCAUUAAAUCCAUUAACAAUGAGAAUGCAACUGUUCACUCAAUUGCAGAUUGUGAUGAGAGAGCUGACACAAGUUAUGGGGCAAUAAAGAAAAGGCAUGAGUGCCCAAUAUGCCUUAAGGUUUUCUCAUCAGGCCAAGCAUUGGGAGGUCACAAGAGAUCCCAUUUAAUCAAUGGCAAUGAUGCUAGGAACAAUCCAACCAUUGUAAUUGAGAAACCGACACCCGAAAUCCGAAGCUUUCUUGAUCUUAAUCUGCCUGCUCCUGUUGAAGAAGAGAGCAGCAAUGGUCAUCUGGCCGGGUUCAAGCCAUGGUGGAUAGCUAGCAGUCACAAGCAUGAAGCACUUGUUGGCUUAAUCUCUAACUGACCUUCUUGGUCCCCUGGCCAUGGUUUAAUCAAAUUUUUAAAUAAAAUUCAAGAGUGUACAGACAAGUUUUCUGCUUAUUAUUUCAUUUAUUCUUUUACACAUUCAA